CAGAGACGGCCAGUCAAUGGAGUCAAACGGUCACGCCAAAAGAGGCCGUAGCAGAUGCAAACAGGAUUUUUAUUCGAAAUACUGCAUCGGUUGCAGAUGAAUGCCAAUUAGACUGCCAUGACCGCGAAGAAAUAGUUCUACGCUGAAUCGUUGGCUCGUUUGCAGCCGACGCGCCGUAUCAACACAAAGGCCUGUGUAGCUAGUUAGCGGCAGCUCCUGAGCUAGCUAGCUAGCAAGUGAUUUAACGCCGAGCUCAGCUGCAGCAAAUCAGCAGUCGUGUCAUUUUAAUGUUUUAUCUGUAACGCAGUCAACCUUCUCCACUAAGAAGACAGUAUUUAAGUUUUUUUUCUUGUUUUGUUUUUGCUUCUCCACGAUAAUGGCGGAACAGAAUGCAGUGGUCAUGCAGCAGAAUUUGGACAGGAGCUGCUGGGUGUGCUUCGCCACGGACGAGGACGACCGCACGGCAGAGUGGGUGCGUCCGUGUCGCUGCCGUGGUUCAACCAAGUGGGUCCACCAGGCCUGCCUACAGCGCUGGGUGGACGAGAAGCAGCGAGGCAACAGCACGGCGCGCGUGGCAUGUCCUCAGUGCAAUGCAGAAUACCUCAUUGUCUUUCCCAAACUGGGUCCUGUCGUUUACGUGCUGGACCUGGCCGACCGGCUCAUCUCCAAGGCCGGCCCCUUCGCUGCAGCUGGCAUCAUGGUGGGCUCCAUCUACUGGACAGCUGUCACCUACGGCGCCGUCACCGUCAUGCAGGUGGUGGGCCAUAAGGAGGGCCUGGAUGUGAUGGAGCGGGCCGACCCUCUGUUCCUGCUCAUUGGGCUGCCCACCAUCCCUGUCAUGCUCAUCCUCGGCAAGAUGAUCCGCUGGGAGGACUACGUCCUGCGUCUGUGGAGGAAGUAUUCAAACAAACUGCAGAUUCUCAACAGCAUCUUCCCAGGGAUUGGCUGCCCAGUUCCCCGGAUCCCGGCGGAGGCCAGCCCCCUGGCGGAUCACGUGUCGGCCACACGGAUCCUGUGCGGCGCCCUGGUCUUCCCCACCAUCGCCACCAUCGUGGGGAAGCUCAUGUUCAGCAGCGUCAACUCCAACCUGCAGAGGACCAUCCUGGGAGGUAUCGCCUUUGUGGCCAUCAAGGGGGCGUUUAAGGUGUACUUCAAACAGCAGCAGUACCUGAGGCAAGCCCACCGCAAGAUCCUCAAUUUCCCCGAGCAGGAGGAGGCCUGAGGAGGCCCAGCCGUCCACAGGGAGGACGGAUGAAGCGCACACCUCUGCUGGAGGGAGGGAGGGAGGGAGGGAGGCGAGGGUUUGAACUGAGCAGGACACGCUGGUGAACCAGACUGAGAAUCACCCUCAUUACCUACUCCUCCUCCUCCUCCCCCCCUGACCUCACCCCCUUCUCACCCACUCCGGAGUAGUUCAUCACACCGUCGCCAACAUCACGGAUCCCCACCGCCGCCACACGCUGUUGUCUUUUUUUAAAAACUCGCGACGCUUUCGUAAGGUGAAGACGGACUUCCGGAGCAUGUUUGCAGCCAGCGUGCAGUUAACACACACGUCAACACACACACUGUUUUACCAAGAACUGUGUGUGUGACGAGCGACAGGGUGGAUGUGCUUCAACAAUCACAUAACUAAUACUUAUUGUAAACUUACUAUAUUUUAAAGAGAGAGAGAGAGAGAGAGAAAUGCGGGGCAUGUGUAAUUAGAAAGUUUUAUAAUAACAAUAAACGAUUGUUUUAUAAUGUUUAUUUUGUGAGAACGUCCCGUCGGGGGUUCAUAUCGAACGAGGAUUUCUGUUCAGUGGGUGGAAUGUAUUAAACGAUUAAACGUGCGUAACAUUUGUGAAUAUUAAUGCAAACGACUAGGAAGCAUUUAGAGGAAACUUUGUCGUGACACUAAAGCUAACCACGUAGAACCGAGCACACUGACCAGAUGACCAGUUGAAUCACAGGUGUGUGUUUUAGACCCUGAUUUUCUUCUUUUUUCCACCAUUCACAUCACAUCACAUGCCUCUGCAGUGUUCAGGAUUCACCUGUCCCUUUUUUUUUUUUCCACUUUACAAAACACUCUCCUGUCGCAGCGCUCCGGGAUUGGUCGAGCCCGUUGCCAUGACGCGCGGAUGAGACAGAUGUUUUUCACAUGACGGUCAUCGCAGCACUUCUCACUGGGAGGUGGUUGGACUUUUUUGCUGUCAGUUUUAUUUUACAGUUCAGCUUUUCUCUUCCCUCCACCAGCACAACGACGAUGAUGAUGAUGAUGAUGAUGAUGGGACUUUUGUGUUGUGUGUGAACCAUAGCUCAGGUCAGACUGUGGUUCUGUGCUAAUUACCAUGCAGACAAAAUUGAAAGCGAGUCAUAGGAGCAGCUGAGACUUCUGGUUGGACUCUGUGUGGAAAUUAAAGGGUCAGUUCACACAAACGAGCCAUAUUUUCCUGCUUACGUGGUACGUAGCCUGAGCGUGUUUUCACUCCAACACUAUGAGAUUUUAUUGAACUGGAAUUGUGAUUUAGGAGCAUUUCUUCGGUACAAUGAAGGUGGACUCUAAUAUUUAAAUUCUCUUAAUACAACAGAAGAACGUGUUGAAGCUGGAACUCACAAUCCGGACAAACUAAACUGUGUGUACGAGAGGCCAGUGUGAAGAUAAGGCUCGUUGCAUCGAGUGAACUGACUGACGCCACUUUUGUUUUAAAUCACUGGGAUGUGAUUGUUGCCAUUUUUCCCAAACUUAGAAACAACCCAUAACUUGCUGUUGAUACGAGGAUCUCUGUUCUGUGAAACGGCACAACGCACAGCCGACUACUUGGGAUAUUUAACCUGCACAUGUAAAACCGUGCCCGCUUUCCAGGCGUCCUCCUACCACCCGCGAGCCACAGCUUUCCCCUCCCAUUCCCCGGUGUAUCUCCACUCUGCCAAAACAGACGUGAAAGUGUGAACUGUGUUGUACACACGUUGCUUCUGACUUCUAUGGUAUCAGUUCUGUGAAUAAAUGUAUUUUUCCAAAAAAA